AUUAAGCCCCAGUGAGCCUGUUCCAACUUGUCUGUUAUUGGUUUACUGAAGUGUUCAUGAAUCCAUAGGACUGAUUAUCAUCAUGUCAUCCCUGUUUGGCUUCUAUCACUGUUGUUGCCUAUGAGGCCAAAGGGUGAACUGAAUUGACCCCCAAAUUCCCCCAUCCACUCCACACAAAGGCACCUUUUAGAUGAUGACCGAUACCCAAACUGUUUUUCAUACCCAAACUCUGUUUUCUACCUUAAUUCGAAAACAAAACAAAAGAAUCUUAACAGCAAAUGACAUUUUUCAGUGUAGGUCACAUUUCUGACACUCCAACUCCAAGAUGAGUGAUGUGCCCUCCUGGCUGGACUAUGAACACUAUGAACUGUUGUCCCCGACCCCAGCAAGUUUCCCCAGGAGCCCCUCAGGCACGGGGCUGCUGCCCGUAGCAGGCCACGUGGAACAGGGUACGGCCCUGUGCUUCGUGGGCCUCCUGCUGCUCCUCCUGCUCUUCCUAAUAGUACGCUGCAUCCGCAUCCUGCUGGACCCCUACAACAGUAUGACUGCCACCUCCUGGACCAACGACCCCAGGGACCCGUUGGAGAGGGGUCAGUUUGACUAUGCCCUGGUGUAGGAGGGUUUGGGAGAAGAAGAAGGAUGUGGAGAGUUUUGGGACCCUGAAGCAGGUUCAAGGGGGAUGUUGCCCUAACCUUUGGAUGGACUUGGAUGAGACCAAAAAAAGUAGCUACAUAUGUAGGAUCUUAAUUUGAUCACCCUGUUGUAUGAGAACUUGUAGUGUAGGUUUAAAAAGGCUUCUGAAGUUUCCCUUACGAAAAAUGUAUCAACCCCUACAAAAAUA